CUAGGUCUCUAAGUGCUCACUUCACCUCCUCCCUUGGUUUUCACCUACCUCCUCCGACAUGGCUUUCAAGGCUAUCCUCUGUCUGAGUUUGGUGGCUGUCGUCCUGGCCGACGACCCUUACGCACCUGCAGCCUACCGUCCAGCCUACAAGGCCUCCUACGCUCCCGCCUACAAGGAGCCCGAAUAUUACGACAAACCCUACUACAAGUUUGCCUAUGACGUGAAGGACGAAUACUACGGAAACUACUACGGACACCAGGAGGACCGCGACGGCUAUGAGACCAAGGGAGUCUACCACACCCUGUUGCCCGAUGGCCGCACUCAGACCGUCUCCUACGUCGCCAACGAAUACGGCUACAACGCUGAUGUCCAAUAUGACGGAUAUCCCAAGUACGACAAGGGCUACGAUUACGCUCCUUCCUACCACAAGCCAUCUUAUGCUCCUGCUCCCUACAAGAAGCCUGCUUACAAGUCCUACGAGCCCGCCUACAAGCCAGCUUACAAGCCCGCCUAUGAGCCCGCCUACAAGCCAGCUUACAAGCCCGCCUACGAGCCCGCUUACAAGCCCGCUUACAAGCCCGCUUACGAGCCCGCUUACGAGCCCGCUUACAAGCCCGCCUACAAGCCAGCCUACAAGCCCGCUUACAAGCCCGCUUAUGAGCCUGCCUACGAGCCAGCCUACCCAGCCUACCCCUCCUACGCCUAA